AUGACGAGAUUCUUCAGUCAGGUACCAAAAACAUUAAAUAAACAAGUCACACAUGUAGUCUUCAACAACGGUCACCCGGCUACAUGGAGAAAUGCAAAGAAAAGUGAUGUGAAGCUCGUCUCUGUUCUCUGGGUCGGCAGAUGUUACGAUGACGGUGUGCGUGCGGAUGAGACGUUGUAUCCAGCCUUUAAUGAUGAAAGCAAUCCCGUGUUGAAGAACAAGAGACAUCGUUGCAUGCAGCCAAGAGAUUCUCCAGAGAGGACACCGGAGAACAACACACGCAUGAAGAAAAAAUUAGACAAGAUGAUGAAAGACAUUGCUCCAAGACAACCUCUGGAAAGAGAUUAUUCGCCCAUAAUAGUUGAUCAAGAGAAUGGAAUAUUCUAUAGCCCUUCACUGAAAAGAUCUGACUAUAUGGCAAAGCGUUUGAAAGACAUGAAAGAGAAACGGGAAAACAUCUCACCCACAGAUUCACAAAUGGUUGAAUCCUGCCCACCAUCUGGGCUGAAGCCGUCUCUUGGAAGCACACCUUCCGUCUUCAAAUUCAUGUGUGACCUGUCUGAUGAUGAGCCUGCUUACUCGCCUGAUAAGGAAGAAGGGAGAACACCCAUAGAGGUUACUGACCAUGACCAUCUUGAACAACGCCAUAAUGUGCAUAAGCGGAUUAUAAGUCCUGUGACAUGUCUUGACUUCGAGGACAAAGAAGGGACUAGCCAAAAAAAGACAAGAAGGACUUCAGUCAGAAAAAAUCCAACAGAGAAAUACAAACCUGUUGAAUUAGUAGGAAGUCCUUUCCAGGGAGUGAAAUCUGCUGACAGCAAGAACUCUCAUAAAGAAAAAAGGCCAUCAGAGAUUAAACCACCUAGUCCUUCACCUAACAAAUCUGAAAAGGGAAAGCAAAAUGUCAAAUCAUCCAAAUCUUUUACAGAGAAUAAAACCCCUUUAGGUUCUGACGCUCCAAUCCCUUCUAGUUCCCUCUCCACACCAACUAAAUCAGAUAAUGCUGCACUUGAACUCUCAAAAGAAACUCCUACUUCGUUACAGAAAACACCCAAACGAACCAGACCGUCAUUUUCUUCCUUGGUACGAUCUUUCUCUCCAUUCAGUGAGUCUAAAAAUGUUGCCUCAGCUUCCACUGAUAGAGAUGAUGAUGAUAUGUUUGAGGACUAUUUCUCCUCAGCUAACCACCAUCAGAGAUCACAAAGCCGUCCUUUGCCUUAUCUACCUGUAAAGAGAGACAUUCAGCUUCCCUUUGAAUUGGACUCUGUCCCAAAUAAGAGAAAACAAAGACGUAGUGUAGGCCUUGGAUCUGAAACCAACAGUAAAAAGAAGAUGAAACUGGGAAAAAGUCUGCCGUCUGUUGCAAGCAGUGAGCCUCAAAGCCCCCCACAACAGGAUGUUAAAGAGUCUCUGCCUGCAUUGGAGGGUCCAAGUUGUGAUGUAAAACUAUUGGCUAAAAAACGAAGACAAAACGCCUUGCCUUUUAUAAGCAUCAACACAACGACAAGGGAUGCAGGGAAACAGAGAAGAGCAUCUUUAUUUGUACAACCAACAACCUCAACAGAUGCUCACACAAUUCCAGCACUGCAGAAAGACUCUGAGGUCAAUGCCCUUCCUCAUACCUUGGAAAACAUAGGUAGAGGAAAUGAACGUACAGUUGCAGCUGUCUUAACAAAGAUCCCCCCCGAAGACAAAGAGACUCACAAUGAGCAAGUCAGCUUAAGUGUCCAAAACAUGGUUAACAACACAAAGGCUAUGAGAACUUUGGUUAUGACAAGCAUGCCCACUGAGAAGCAGCAGACAUUGGCUCAGGUGGUGGGGACUCUGGGUGGUUUUUCCAUUGUUGACCGAGUUAGUGAGAGCACCACUCAUGUGGUGUCGGGGGGUCACCGGCGGACCCUCAAUAUUCUGUUGGGCAUAGCUCGAGGCUGCUGGAUCCUGUCUUUUGAAUGGAUCCUCUGGUGUUUGGAGCAAAGGCAGUGGAUCCCAGAGGAACCGUAUGAACUUUCAGAACAAUUUCCAGCCGCACAGAUCUGUCGUCUCCAGAGGCACCUGUCGGCCGGGGAGCACCAGCAGGAUCUGUUCCAGGACCAGCCCGCCAUGUUUGUGUCCCAGCACUCGGAGCCACCCACCCAGAGUCUGGAGGAGCUGAUCGAGCUCUGUGGAGGGACGGUGUGCAAAACUGUGCGGCAGGCCGGCAUCUGCAUCGGGAAGUACAGCGGCAGGAAACCAGAGGGAAGCAGGGUCCUGUCAGAGCAGUGGGUGCUGGGUUACCAUGGAGACCUGUUACCUCUGAGGAAUAUCAACCCUUCAAGAUACUGUGAAGCAUCGAAAACUGGACCGACAUCAAUCCUUCAUUAUUUUCCUUUUUUCAUAAAGUAGUAACCACUAUUGAGAUUUUUUUUCAUUCUUAACAAUGUGAUUCUAAAAUGCUUGCUGACCCAGUUUAACAGUCUUAUGGAAUAACAUACUGUAACAUCAUAAAAAUGUUUGU